GCAGCGUAGCCGAGGCGUAAAAAGCUCUGGUGCUUCAGCGGCGCUGAUAGCUGAAGCGUUGUCUGUUCACACUCUGCUGUGGACGGGUCGGAGCGUCUGUGCUGCUGCAGCGAGUCGUUCCGGCGCAGAGGAAUGAUAAUUAGGAAGAGACUGACUUGGCAGCAGGAAGAAAAGAGGAGAGGAGCGUGGCCUGCAGCAGAGCUGAGCAGAACGGAGAGGAGGAAGGAGGGAUGGAACUGAUCUGAAUCUGAUCACGAAGAAGAGAGGAAGACCGCCGAGCGGCUGCAGGAUUCUCAUGUUUUUGGGGGAGGGGGAGAAGACGGUUACGUCAGCAGCAGCAGCGAUGGAGGGGAUAGAGGGAUGAGCCUGGAUCAAUAAUCCCCACAUCCUCUCCUUCCUCCACCGUCAUCCCACCAUCACCUCUGCAGGAGCUGCUGAGACCUUCUCUGGAAGCUGAAGGAACUACGGUGGAUCUGGAAAGCUGGCUCACAUCUGUGAAGGAUACCAGGAUCUGAUAAAUCCUCUGGAAGUUCAGUCCUGCAGCAUCACAGCGUUCACGUCCAGCCGAAGAGGAUUUAAAAAAACGAUCUUUGAAUAACUUUUGUUUUGUUUGCUUUCCUGACAAACUGAUCCGACACCACUCAGAACUGAUCCAACGGAUUUUCUGACUCCAGGAUUUUAGGGAAAGGCUCUGCAGGGAAACCGAAGGUGAUUAGCAAACACGUUUGGAGCCGUGCACGUGGUGGCGCUGGCUGCGUUCCUCCUGCUACACUCAGAUAUCAGAAGCUGGAUGGAAAAGGAGUUCUGGACAGAGGAGAAUGAGCUGGUCCGGUUUCCCUGAAGCAGAUGGACAAAUGCAUCCUCCACCAGCUGCAGUCUUCACAUCUGGCUGCUGGACACCGACAUUCUGAAUGGAGCUCAGAGAGACGGUACAGCUGAUUUACUGACUAACAUAAACGGACUGCUGACUCCGUGUUUGUCAGGUUUUUGUUGGAGUUCUACCCGGGAUGGAUCUGAACUCCCACAGGAAGACCUGACCGACCUGGGAAUGGCCAUCAGCUCCUUCAAACUGCCUGACUGGAGCACAAAAGAAAAAGACCCUUCUUGAUUUUUAGAUCAGAGUUCAGACGAGGAAAGGUCCUCUCCCCCCCACUCACCUCUGGUGGGGGGGAGGGUGAGGGUACUUCCUGUUUUAAAGUGUAGGACUCGGGGUUCCAGGGUGUAGAUUUUAGUCUGUAGGGUUUAGGAUUCUGUUGCUUCUUUCACCUUCAACGCAGAAAGCUAGCUCUUAGCUCUGAUAGCUUUAGCCUCUUUCAGCCCUUAGCUCUGCUAGCCCCUUAGCCUUGCUAGCCCUUAGCCUGUUUAGUCAGUCAUGGAUGCUAAUCAAGGCCCAGGCCAGGGCAGUCCUGAGAGCCCGAACCGGGCCGUGGAGUACCUCCUUGAGCUGAACAACAUCAUCGAGAGCCAACAGAAGCUUCUGGAAACCCAGCGGCGCAGAAUUGAAGAGCUGGAGGUCCAACUGGACCGCCUGAGCCAAGAAAACAAGGACUUACGUUUGGAUAGGCAACCUGUGGCUCCUCCUCCUGAGCCUCCUCUGCCUCCACCUCCUCCACCACCUCCUCUGAACCAGACUACGUCGGUUUCUACCAAGAAUCACCACCAGUACAACAGCCAGGCUCCUGCCCAGCCCCCCACCUCCAUCCCCCUGCACCACAGCCACCAGGUCCAGCACCAUCAGCUGCAGCAGCACCACCACUCCUACAACAGCACUACAACCAGUGUUGCUGCUCCACCUUUAGCAAACCCAGUCUCCAUCUCUUUACCGACCCAAGUCCCAGCUCCGGUGUCCCCGUCGGCCCCGGCUCCACCUCCCCCUCCUCCGAUUCCACCCAGAGAUCCUCCACGCGCCCACAGCCGGCUGACCCGAGCGCCGUCCACAAGCACCGGGACCAACACUAACUUUGUGGAGAAAGAGAAGGAGAGGCUGGAACGCCUUCACCGGGACAACGCUUCCAACAACCACCACGCCCACACCCUGCACCACCCCAAACCUGUGGAGGGAGACCCUCAGUGUCCGGAGGCCAUCGCCUUGUCUGAUUCAUCCUUCGGCCACCCGCCUCCCUUCCAUCGCUAUAGCAACAGUCCCCUCACCAGCCCCGUUGACCCCUACGGCCCCAUCCCCACCAGUGGGCCCCUGGGAGGCUCUCGCCCACAGACACAGGGCAGCUCCCCCAUCUCACCCCCCAGCCCAGCGAGCCUCGCCUGGGCUCAGCGCAGCAGACAUCAGCCAGCCAGCCUGGCGCUCCGCAAGCAAGAGGAGGAGGAGAGCAAACGCUGCAAGGCGCUUUCUGACAGCUAUGAGCUCUCUACGGACCUCCAGGACAAGAAGGUGGAGAUGUUGGAGAGGAAGUACGGGGGGCAGUUUGUGUCUCGGCGGGCCGCCCGGACAAUCCAGACGGCCUUCAGACGAUACCGCAUGAACAAAAAGUUUGAGAGGUUACGAAGCUCUGCCUCGGAAAGCAGGAUGACCCGCCGCAUCAUCCUGUCCAACAUGAGAAUGCAGUACUCGUUUGAUGAGCGGCAGCCACAGGGUCCAGGAUCAGCGGGACAACAGGGUUCAGACGACACCGGAGACGACUCCUUCUCCAAACAGGUCAAGUCUCUGGCCGACUCCAUGGACGACUCCCUCACCUGCCAGUCCGGACGGGAAGACUCACAAGAUGUUGGGGGAGAAGGCGAGGAGGAUGAGGAUGAGGAGGGAGAUGAGGAAGAGGAGGAGGAAGAGGGGGAGGAAGAUGAGGAGGAAGAUGAAGAUGAUUACCGGCAGUGCGGGUGGCGUGACACAAACACGGCCUCCCGACGCGUGGCUGGCCGGGUGGAAGGAGGCAGGGGAGGAGCCAUGCAUGAGGACAGCACCGCCACUUCCUUCAGUGAUGUCACCCUCUACAUGGAUGAUGGCUGCCUCCCCUCCUCACCCCUGUCCCGCCCUGCCUCCAGCUCAGACACAGACUACUGGGGGGGAGGAGGAGGAGCAGGGGGGAGGGAGGACAGCAGAGAGACGGAGGGAGGCAGCAAUGCCAGCCGGAGGAGCAGCACCCCCUGUACAGAGUGUCGGGGGGAGUACAGAGGGAGGGCGGGGGGAGGAGGGGGAGGACACCUCCCCGUCCUGACCAUCGAACCUCCCAGCGACAGUUCGGUGGACAUGAGUGACAGGUCAGAACGGGGGUCAAUCGGACGUCUGGUGUAUGAACAGGACCCCUCGGGGGUGGACAGGGGAGGAGAAAGGGGGCGAGGGGGAAGGGAAGAGGGUGAGAGUGGAGAGGAGGAGCGAGGAGGAGGAGGGGAAGGAAGCAGCGAAGCCGACUCGCCACAAGGAACCAUCAAACACAAACCCAACAGCCGCUCGGUCGCCAUGGCGCAGGGGCAGACCCGUAGCCCGGCUAACGUCCCCCUGCCCAUACCGUCAGCCCGGACACUCCCCUCUUACCCCCUCCAGCACCCCCACACUCACCCACACCCCUCACCCAUCCCUCACCUCCCCACCAUCCUCCACCACCACCCCCAGUACGGCCAGCCACACAUCCUGCACAUGCACCACGGACACGCCAGCAGCCCCUACAUGCAGCACCCGCAUCACUUCGCCCCGCAUCACUACCACCACCUGCCUCACGCUUACCCAGAGCCCCCAUCGUCCCCGCUGCCCUCUCCGGUUCCUCCCCUCACACCUCUGUCACAGGUGCCACCACCACUUACUCCCUCCCCGCUGUCCUCCUCCUCUUCCUCCAUGCUUCAGAACAUGGAGGCCCAGCAGCAGCACCUCGCCCACCACCCACACCUCCACCACCACCACCACCACCUGCUCUGCUCAGACGGAGACAACGAGAGCGUUAACUCCACCACCACCAACUCCAACGACGACACCACGGUCAACAACUGCAGCUCCGGGUCCUCGUCGCGCGACAGCCUGCGGGAGCCAAUCACAGGAGCCCCGCUGGGAAAGCAGACGUAUCAGAGAGAGAGCCGCCACAGCUGGGACUCCCCCGCCUUCAAUAAUGACGUAGUGCAGCGGCGGCAGUACCGCAUCGGACUCAACCUGUUCAACAAGAAGCCGGAGAAGGGGAUCCAGUACCUGAUUGAGAAGGGCUUCGUGUCAGACACUCCGGUGGGAAUCGCCAGGUUCAUCCUGGAGAGGAAAGGUCUGAGCCGGCAGAUGAUCGGAGAGUUCCUGGGCAGCCGGCAGCAGUUCAACAAGGACGUCCUCGAUUGUGUCCUGGACGAGAUGGACUUCUCUGGGAUGGACCUGGACGAAGCUCUGAGAAAGUUCCAGGCUCAGAUCAAAGUUCAGGGAGAAGCUCAGCGGGUGGAGCGGCUGGUGGAGGCCUUCAGCCAGAGGUACUGCGUCUGCAACCCGGUACUGAUCCGCCAGUUCCAGAACCCAGACACAAUCUUCAUCCUGGCCUUCGCCAUCAUCCUCCUCAACACGGACAUGUACAGCCCCAACGUCAAACCUGAACGCAAGAUGAAGCUGGAGGACUUCAUCAAGAACCUGCGUGGUGUCGAUAAUGGGCAGGACAUCCCCCGAGACCUGCUGGUGGCCAUCUAUGGACGGAUCCAGAAAUGGGAGCUGAGGACCAACGAUGACCACGUGUCCCAGGUCCAGGCGGUGGAGAGGAUGGUGGUCGGCAAGAAACCAGUUCUGUCGCUGCCGCAUCGUCGGCUGGUCUGCUGCUGUCAGCUGUUUGAGGUUCCAGAUCCAAACCGAGCUCAGAGGAGCGGCGUCCAUCAGAGGGAGGUCUUCCUGUUCAACGACCUGCUCAUGGUGACAAAGAUCUUCCAGAAGAAGAAGACUUCCGUGACGUACAGCUUCAGACAGUCAUUCCCAUUGCUCGACAUGCAGGUCCACACCUUCCAAAACACCUAUUACCCUCACGGUAUCCGUUUGACGUCGGCGAAUCCAGGAGGGGAGAGGAAGGUUCUGAUCGUCUUCACAGCUCCGAGCCAGCAGGACCGAGCGCGAUUCACCUCUGACCUCCGGGAGAGCAUCGCUGAGGUCCAGGAGAUGGAGAAGUACAGGGUGGAGUCCGAACUCGAGAAGCAGAAAGGUGGGAUGCGUCCAGGUAUCCUAGCAGGGUCAGGAGGCAUGGGGGCGCCAGGGGGCGGAGCCGGCCCUGGAGGAGGGGCCGUGAAGGGCGAGGUGGUGAACGGCAUCCUGGGUAGGCCGAGCCUUGAUGACACGUAUGCCUCAGUGGAUGGACUCAAACGCACGGCGCUCAGCUCCUCGCUCCGGGAUCUCUCAGAGACGGGGAAGCGAGGUCGUAGGAACAGUGUGGGCUCAUUGGACAGUACCAUUGAAGGAUCUAUUAUUAGCAGCCCUCGACCCCACCAGCAGUGCCCCCUGGUGGCGGGAGGCCUGUCCUACAGCCCCAUGAUGGUCCCUUCGUCUCCAGCAGCUUAUCGGCCACACCGCCCUACUCAGAGCCCCGGUACAGGGGUGGGGGGUGGGCCGGGGCUCUGUCACAACCAGGGAGGGGUCACCACAUCUCCUCUCGCGAGCGGGGUCGGGGCUGGGGCCGGAGGAGGGAUAGUGGGUGGGGUUGGCCCGAUGCCAGGAGGCCGAAUGGGGAAUUUCUUCGGCAGCAGAAGAGGCAAGGUUCCUGGUCCUCUGACGAUGAUGUCUCCCCCUCCUCAGGGUCCACCGAGUCCCCUGAUGAUAUCAUCACCCCCCCACUACCCCGCCCCCGCACCUCCCAUCCCCCUCCCAUCCUCCCCUUCCCCAUGCCCCUCCCCAUUGCCCAACCUCGGUCCCUCCGACUCGGGCGGAGUUGGAGGGGGAGGCGUUACGGUCGGGGGGCCGUCCAAGCUCCAGGCUUUACAUGCCCAGUACUGCCACGUCAACAGUGGAGGAGGCGGAGUCAGUGUUACUGGGCACCAGCAGCAGCAGACACCACCUCCACCCUACCACCACCAUCACCGUUACCACAUGCAGAGCGUCCCGCAGCACCACGUUCUGUCGCACCGCUUCUCCGCACCCCAACGGCAAGGCCCGUCCGGCUGCGCUCUCUCUCAUAUCCAGCAGCAUCAGAGAUUGCAGCAAGGCCCCGCCCAGCACCCACGUUACAACAUGGCCCCCGGCUUUACCACGCCCCCACCACUGUCCCCACACUCCCCGGUCACCCCGACCACCCCACACGGACUCUACCAUCCGGGGCGGCCGGGUGGAGGCGCCAAACUCCCACUGACCAUCUCGCACUCCCAGCCCCACCCCCACGCUCACACACACUCUCACAACCACGCCGUGCACUCACACUCCCCACUCAGCCCCUCGCCAUCAGCAAACGCCUCCACCCACUUCACCUUCUCCACCCCACCGCCUCAGACCCCCUCAGCCCGUCUCGUGUCGCAGACACCUCCCCAACCUUACACACCCCAAUAUCCUCCACUAUCGUCCAUCCCGCCUCCCCCUCCACACUCCCCCUUACCUCCCCCGUCCACCGCCCCGCUCUCCCCGCUCCCCCCGGGAGGCGGUCCCAAAUCGAAGCCCGUCAGCCGGAUCAGCACGGUCGUUUGAGGAGACAGACGUCGGGAUCAUUGGGGAACGACCCCUCCGUGAGUCGCCAGGGGGCGGUAGUGAGACAGAGCAUGAGGGGGAAGAGGAGGAGAAGAGGGGGAGGGCAAAUGCAGGUUUAUUCAAACAGCCAACUGAUGAGGAGGAGAGCAUUAAGGGCGGGAAAGAGGAAACUCCUCAGCCUGUGUUACUUUCACAUCGACUUCCCUCGCAGGUAGAAAGACUUUGUUGGCCGAGUCGUGAAAUCCGCGAGCAAAAGCCUUCCAGUCGCAAGAAGGCGAAGAAAAACUCCCUCUUAGUUCUGUUGUAUUGUUGUUCCAGUCCUCAUCUUCCCUUGGUAGUGCCCCCUAGUGGCGAGCCGGAGCUCAGCGGGACACGUGUCCGCGUCCUGCUCCGCGUAGGUUUUAUUUGUGUGUUGCUGUGGUGGACAAAUGGUUCGGGGACCAGCCGUGAAGGAAACAGUGCCUGAGAAUGUAACGUGAGGGUCAGUGCUAAAGGCCAACGUGCUAAUGGGAGGUUUCUCGUUUUCAGGGAGCAGGAGGAGCCCGCCUAGUUCAGCCCAAAAAUCCGUCCUCCUCUUACUUUUGGCACAAACUGCUCCCGGUUUGGAUUUGGACGCAUUUCUAAGCCAUGAGGCGGAAACAGAAGCGAUUAGCAGCAGUAAGGUGUUGUUUCUGUGUUUUAGACCGGCAUGCGUGUCCUGUGCAAUAGCUAACGAUUAUCGUGUGUCUAUGGUUACUAUUCAGUCUGCAGAGGGAGCUCUACUCUGUGUGAACGAUAGGACUUUUAAAAAAGCCAUCUUAAUGAAAACUACAGGUAUGUUUUUACCGUUUUGUUUUGCAAAAAAGCCUUUAGUGUGCGGACUACAGGGUUGCAGCAGGGGGCGCUAUACUGUUGUAUACUAUAAAUCUCACCUCCCAGUUUAUAUGAAAGUGUUGGCCUGACUCAGCAUAAAUAACAACAAUAAUUAUUAUUAUCUGUGUUUUAUGCUCUGUGAUGUGUGACAUCGCUUAAGCUGAACGGUGCCAAACUUUAGAAACUUUGGAGUCUUUCCUUUACAGAUAAGAACGAAGUUGCAAAACCUAAAACCAGUCAUUAUUCUUUUAUUUCCAGUUAUAUGAAACCAUCUUUUUCUUACAGUGUAAUGUCCCGUAUGUUUCUCGACUGCAGCAUUAAUGGAACUGGGUGGGAAAUCUACUUAAAAAGUCAAUUUAACUCAACUUGUUCUGGUUAAACACAAAUCACAAUAAAAAUCUCAUCAAA